UGUCCAUCUACCUAUUUGGCGUUCCAUUAGGUAGAUGAAAUCGCCAGGAUUUUUCCAUGUAUAAGAAUCCGGAGAGUUUUCAUGCAUCUCUCCAGUCGGCGAGAUAGCCUGGACAUGAUCGAAAUAAGAAUUAGGUGGUGGUGUGUACGUAACCAUUUGAAUUUGGAGCUGGGAUCUCACAUUUCCCCGAAAUUGUUGAAAGAAUAAUUAGGUAGUGGCGUGUAUGUGUUCGUUACCAUUUGAAUUUGGCGCUGGGAUUUUAGAGGCUUCUAAACUUAUAAACAAAUAAUUGAGUUGACUCAAAUUCGACAUGGUUUUCGUCCCACCCGCGCCGCCGAUGGUGUUCGCGGUGAAUAUUUUGUGCCGCUUGUUCACCUGCAAAGAGCCUUAUCAACUUCCGGAAAUCGUCUAUGAUAACGGGAACGAUUUGAUCUCAGCGAAUUAUAUGAAUAGUAAUAGAAACGAUAUUGAUGAUGACGGUAGUGGUGAAGACAACAAUUUCUUCGACCCGGUCCUCGCCCCGGAGAAGAAUUUGGUCGAAACGGAGAAAGGCGUGCUCGAAGGGUAUUAUCAAACUACGUCUGGAGGGAGGAAAAUUGGAGCGUUUGAAGGAAUCCGAUACGGACAGGCGCAUCGGUGGGAGAAAGCGUUAGCAACAAAAGGGUGGAAAGGCGUGUUACAGGCAAAAGCGCCAGGAUCGGAUUGCUUGCAAUUUCAUGUCAAGAAACUUCUCAGCAUUUACGGGAAAGAAGAUUGUCUGUUUCUAAACGUUUAUACACCUGUGAUUUCCGGAAAUAAGAAAAAUGCCAAACUUCCCGUCGUGGUUUACAUUCAUGGAGGAAGCUUCCUAUUUGGAUCCGGAAGUGAUUAUGGGCCAUCCUACUUGCUAAAUGAGGACGUCGUACUGGUCAACUUGAACUACCGGCUAGGAGUUUUGGGUUUUAUGAGCACGGGGGACAACGUCUUGCCAGGAAAUUUCGGUUUAAAAGACCAAGCUUUGGCUAUUCACUGGGUCAAGGAUAACAUAGCGGCAUUCGGCGGUGAUCCGGAUCAGAUUACGUUGUGGGGCUUAUCGGCAGGGGGAGCAUCCGUUCACCUUCAUAUGAUGUCCAACCAGACCAAGCAUCUCUUCAAGAGAGCAAUUUCUCAAAGUGCCUCAGCCUUCUGUCAUUGGGUGGUCUCCCCACCCUGGAGGGCUCGCGGAACGACGGAAGAUCUCGCUAAAUAUUUCCACUGCCCGAUCAACAACGCGGAAGAAAUGGUCCGUUGUCUUAAAACGAUCGACCCUGUCAGCGUUGUUGCUGCGCAAGUGCAUCUGCUGAAAUGGAUACCAUUUCCACCCCUAAUUUUCGUCCCGACUUUAGAAUUGGAGAACGAGGAGGACCCCGGCUCCGAAUUUCUGACCGAAUAUCCGGAAGAUUUAUAUAGAAAGGGACUAGUCGAGAAAAAACCGUGGAUCGUUUCCACCACGGAGCAUGAAGGACUAAGUGCAAUAUUAGCUGUGGAACUGCUAAUGCGUUGGUCUGGGUUUAAGCUAUAUUGGAACAAGAUCGCGAAAUACGUGUUAGACUUGGAUUACCUCGAGUUGAAAAAUGUGAGAAAAAUUGUGGACAAAGUUACACGAUUUUAUCUCGGAAAUCGAAAAAGUACGGAAGGGACGCAGUUCGAUUAUUCAAAUAUGAUUACUGAUCGAUAUUUCCAUUUUCCGAUUGUCAAAGGGAUUCAAGCACACUCUGAAAUUGCUCCGACGUAUUCGUAUUAUUUUUCCUUUAGUAAAGGGAACUAUUCCUUGGGCAAUUGGAAUUUGCAUAGGCCGAGAGAGUGGGGAGCCGGUCAUGGCGAGGACGAGCAUUACUUUUUUAAUUCCACCAUAAACUUCCCAGGUUUUCAGAGAGGGGAUCCUGAAUACAAAUUGAGUAAAAUUAUGCUAAAUUUCGCCACAAAUUUCGUCAUGAAUGGAACACCAACUUUCACUCGAUCCGACUCGGGUGGAAACUGGUUGAAGGAAAGUCAAUUGCCAAUCUGGGAACCGGUGGUAAAUCCGAGAAAAAUUAGUUUACUCCAGUUUGACGAAGACAUUAAAAUGAUAACGCCAAAUUUGAAACGUGUCAUGUUUUGGGAAAGCCUGCACCUUCCGGAUGCUAAGUUGUGGCUUUAAGUGUGAUAUUUUUGCGUAUAGAGUUACUAUUAAGGUGUCUUUUUAUAGAAUUGUGUAAUAUGUGAUACAUAAGAAAUAUUCGCAAUAAAUGUAAUUUUUUGCAUGUGCCAUAUUAAACUAACACAAGCCGGUAUUUGAUAUUGUUUUGCGAGAAACUUGAGACAAAAUAAAAUGCUAACAAAUUACAA